AUGCUAGACUUUCUAAAACGCGCGCUGCGCAAUCCCACUCCCAAGUUAUAUGGUCUGGACCAUGCUGUUCUCAACAUACAGCUCCCGCCACAGACAAUGUGGAUGAACAUGGGAUAUUGGGAGCACACGGAUGAUUUUCCAGAAGCAUGUGAAGCACUUCUAGAUCAAGUUCUAAUGACUGCACUCUCGCAUGAGACAAAGUCAAUCAGAAUCCUGGAUGUCGGCUGUGGCUGCGGUGAUCAGUCACUGCAUCUUCUCAAAACCCUUGGCCGUCAGACAAAGUCUGAAGUCACAGACUCGCAGCCAAACCUUCGGCACCGUUCAGUAAACUCCCGAUCCUACUCACUUCCGCUGCUAGCAUCGUACGUCGGAAUAUCACUUGAACCGGCUCAAGCCGAUCUUGCACAACGCCGAAUGCAACAGGUUAGAAACACAUCGGUGCCGGCAAAGGUAUUCUGCGCGGAUGCAUCUGUCCCAUCAGAAUGGCCGGCAGAGCUAUCAACGAUAGCGAAUGGUUCAUCACGGGAUUUGAGGGAUGAAACUAGUUGGCUCUUAGCCCUAGACUCAUUGUACCACUUCCGACCCUCAAGAGCUCCUCUUCUUUCCCAUGCAGCGAACCUGAACUUCUCAUUUAUGGCCUUUGACCUCCUCAUCCGCGAAGAUGCUCGCUGGUGGGAGAAAUUACUUUUGCGAAUCAUCUGCUUGGGGACCAAUGCCCCGUUUGGGAACUUCGUCACCGAGGGUGAGUAUGUGAAUAUGCUUGUUGGGGCCGGGUAUAGUCGAGAAAGCAUUGAGAUGAAGGACAUCAGCAGGUUUGUGUUCGAACCCUUGGCCAGGUUCAUGGGAGAAAGAGUCCAGACGGGGCGUGAUUAUGGGUUGGCGGUGAAGAAGUACAAGGUUGCAGGUUGGGUGUUUGGGUGGUGGGCACGGGGCGCUGUCAGGGGAGUCGUCGUCGUUGCCAGGAAGUAG